AGUGGGUCUCCAAACAUAUCACUUGCUUAUUUUAAUCAACGGGCUUGUAUUUAAUGGCUGUUGAUGCUAAUUAAUUUCACUUGCCGUUCGACGACAUUGGGGUAUACAUCACCUAAAUUAGAAGUGAAGUAUCGCAGAGAACGGGACUUCGUUGGUUCCAGACGCUUUUUCAAUAUGGAAGAGCUUGCUGGUCAUUGAUCACUUGGGAUAAUUGCUACAAAGUGCACUUCUGAAACGUUACGUAAUAUUAGAAAUUUGUCUUUACGUAAUAUGUAAUUUAAUUGAGAUAGUGGAUAAGAUAUUAACUUGAACGAGAAGUAAUGGACUAAUUUGAUUUGGAGGCACACUUUAUAAUUAAGGAAGGAAAAUUCAAAUUACGCGCUUUUAAGACUUCACCUUGAAAAUUUGACGAAAUAUCACGAAGACAGUAUUUGUAAGAUUUCAAUUUAAUAGACCAAGCCUUUGAAUUAACACCUUCUCGCGCUGAAAGAAUCGAGUUAAACAGUACUCAAAAUGAAUAUUCAAGUGUUUGGAUACACGUUUUGUUUAGUUAUAGUGAUAAACUGUGUAUUACAUGAAGCAAGAUCUUUUUACACAGUCAAUCCAUAUGAUUAUACUUUAUCGAAACGAAGUAUUGUAGAACGACGCGGAUUUCUCAAAAGCUUCUGUGCCAAGAGGUGCCAAAUUGGCAAAGGGGGAAUUGUAUGCCGAUGUAAUGGAUUUCAUUUCGCAGGAAAACGGACUGGAAACAUGCCCACAUACCCAGAACACCAACGACAAGUGGUAGGAAAUGACCCAGAGCAAAUCGUUUAUAAACUUUUGGAGGAGAAUGACAAAAUUUCAGUAAAUCCAGACAAAUAUACCUUACAGGAUGGUACGAUCCCUCAACAAGAAAUCAUAAGAGAAAUAGAAGAAAUAUUUCCAGAAGUAAUGAAUGGCGAUUUAGAAAAUAGACCAUCAAGCACAGACAUUGGCGAACUUCUAGAAGAUUUCCUUCGAAGAGAUGAAAUAUGAAAUGCUCUAAAAACAAUGGAAUUAAGUAUGCAGAUAAUUUCUUUAACGUUUCCCAACGUAACAUAUGUCAUUGUUAAAUGAAUUAUAAAGGAAAUAAAAUGUGUGUCUGUUAAAAGAUAUGUAAACAUAUCCACUUAAAAUUGUCAUUUUUGUACAUUUACUAGUGCAAAAAGAGAUUAACCAUUAACCAAGUAGCAAUGAUUCUGUUAAAAUGGAUAUUUUCGAAAGUUGGAGUUGUCGCUAAUAGUUAAUAUGAUUUAUAUUUGGAAAUUCGUGUAUAGCUAUUCAAUAAUUAUUCAUCAGCAGGGUGAUAAUUAUUCAUCAGCAGGGUGAAUACAAACAAGCUGUGUCGUUUCCAAUGCAGUUUGAUGGUUUUUGACAUAUAAGUUAAAGGCAGUUUUUAAGAAAAAUGUGCUACAAAUGAUUGUAUAUAAACUGGAAGCACUAAGGCAAAUCUAAAGUUUUAAAAUGGUUUAUUUGACAAGUCAAUACAACUUUUGUAUUUUGCUGCGCCUAAGAAUUUUAUUAACGUCUUAAUUUGUUCGAUACAUGGAUUAAACAGUUUCAGUAUUUCUAGAGAAAAUGUUGUUCUUUUCCUGCAGCGAUCAACCCUGUAUGUUAGUAAAUAUAUAGCAGUUACUAACAAAG